GGAUAUAUUUUCUUUUUAAUUUUCUGGUCACUGUCGUUGCCACGAACCCCGCCCUCCGCAAACGUGUCGAAUCCUCCGUCGUCUUCCCUCUGGCGAUCUGGCCGCCGCCGGACGUUAAUUUUCCGCCCUCUGCUAUUUCUACACUCUCUCUCUCUCUCUCUCUCUCACAUCUGCAUCGGCCACUUAAUCGCUUUGCUUUAUGUACUUCACAAUCAUUGCCACCAAUUGAUGACAAGAAGACCGCUCUGGUGACCGGAGCGUAGGAGAAGAUCGGUUCAUUCGGAUUUCAUGUCCGUAACGUGCGGCUGUGACGUUGCCUCUACGCCUCCGGCCUUCGUUAGGGACGGGGCUCAGGAUGAACAGGACUCCAGAUCGAGGCUGAACGACGGUGGAAUUUUCGCUGUGAUCGGCGCGGGCGGCUCCAUUGUCACGGUGAAUCCUGAGCCUUCAUCGGAGAGCUCGUCCAUAGGAGUGCCGGACGACACCGAUGAGGAGGAGGAAGUCGAAGGGGAAGCGGAGAGCAAAUUUCAGAACGGGAGUUUCGGCUCUUUGGCCUCCUUGGAAGACUCUCUUCCGAUGAAGAGAGGUUUGUCGAGUAACUUGUCGGGGAAAUCGAAGUCGUUUGCGAACUUGUCGGAGGUGAGAUCGGUGAAAGACAUUGAGAAGCCAGAGAAUCCAUGGAACAAGAAGCGGAGGACGAUGAUAGCAUCCAAAUUGUACUCGAGGAAGAAGAUGCCCAUUCCUCUUCUGUUUCUCAACUCAGAAGGCGACGACGAAGAACAUGAACAUCACGCCAACAGAAGCAAGAGCAAGAGGAAGAAGAGGAAGAAGAAGAAACGGAGGUCGUUCUCUCUUACAGAUCCGAGGAAGUAAA